AUAUUGCCUACUUGAAUGCACCGUCUGCUUCGGAUGCCCUACGGACAUGAGCCAGCCCAGCGGCACAGCCCGCACACGGCCAUAGUUUUGAGAAGGGGUAGCUUGCCAAUCCCCCUGGACACCCGUUAUGCUCUCUACGUUCCCCAGCAUCUUCAGCUCAAAAUAUCUGCACCUCCUGUCAGUGGCCGCCACCCCCUUUCCCCCAACUCCUAUGCUCGAACGUCAAGCCGAGGACGCGGAGGCUUCCUUCCUCCCGAGCCUUCCACUGUCCUCUGGCUGGAUCGGCACAGUUCUACCCGAUGCGCCAGCUGAAACGGUACAGGGUGGGCAUCUCCUCGGACAAGACAGCGAGACUAGCAUGGACCUUGGAACAGAGCUCCUCCCCGCAAAUCAGUCUUGGCCCGGUGCUCCCGAUUCCGCCUCGGCAUAUUUGCACGCCGCGCAGCCUCCCAAUCUGAUCGUCGACCCGAACCAGCUGUCAACCCCCGACCUGACUCGGCCGAAGGAGACGACUAUCAGGCUCUAUGGAAAUGUAGCAGAGCAUCUGCGCAACUUGAAAGAAGAGGACAGUCGGCGGAUGCAGCGCACCGAUAGUUCAACGUCACUCUUCGAGGAGAAGGGCGCACCGACGCGAAUAUUCGAUUCCGUAUGCAUCUGCGCCGGUUACAGAGAUAAAGGUCCUUCGAUGGGAUGGAGCUUCGACUACUUCGGCCUAUCGGGGGACGGGAAGCGACGGGGCUACGGGGACGGUGUUGGAUGGAGGGGGCAGGAAUCAGAGGCCACCCUCCCACCAAAUCAACGUCCACCCGCGGAAGUGCCGUUUAUUUGCCAGUUGUGUAACCUCCGGUGGACGGGGUCCCUCUAUCCGGACAGGAUGUGGCGAUUGAGCACGGAAGAAGAGCGCGACAGACGGCUACUUCGUGCACCGCGCGAUCCGCUGAGGGACCCGGACUUUUCGCGGCCUGACUUCUACCAGUUUCAAUGGUACCUGAAGCACCAACAUGAUCUCCUAGACCCCUGUGUCAGGGAAGUUUGCGGACAAAUUCAAGCACUGCUGCCCGCCUGGCCAGCUCGGCGAUCCCAACGUGAAGGUCCAUGAUUUCCUCCGGGGCUUCUACUUUUGCCCUUUCGACAACUGUCCGAGUGUCUACCAUACGCUGCCCGGAAUCUCAGUACGCGCUUAAUCCCCAUUCUCCCUAUUUGGUGUUCGGGACUGCGCCCACCUGUGCAUCAUGACCAAGCCCAAAGGCUAAUGAAACGUUGUUUUCUUCUUCUCUUCUUUUUGCGCUG